AUGGCGGACAAUCCGUCGGUAACCCCAUCAAGCACGGAAGGAAGCACCGACUCGUUGGAUAGUCGUACACGGGACGCUGUCACUGAUGGUCUUGUAGAGCUGCUAAAGCCCGCAGUAGAGGAAAUAGACGACAGGGUGAAAACUGUGAGAGAUAGCCAGGUUGAGUUGCGACAACAGAUUGACUGUUUAGCUGAUGACUUGAAGAAGAUAGCUGAGCAGCAGGCAGUGCCAGUUGAUCUCGAACCUUACGUCAAGAAACUAAAUAAUUCUCGUCGACGUGUUAUGCUAGUCAACAACAUUCUACAAAAUGUGCAGGAAAGAUUGACCAAAUUAUACAACAAUGUUUCCAAGGAAACAGCACGGAGAAAAACGCUACUGGAUUCUCCAUCUCCAGGUCCUCCACACUAAUGAAACAAACUUUUUGUGGUUUUGAAUAAUUCUAUAUUAUGGUACCCCACAAAGUGAGAUACCAGAAGAGACAUUUUUGUUGUUUUAACUCUGUCUCCAUGUUCCCUACACAAGUGGAACAUCAAUAGAGAUUUCCUUGUUGAUUUAAUCAAAUCCCAGGAGUUUUUAUAUUUUAUCGACAGAGCUAUAUUUAUGAUAGAUGAUGAUGUGUAUAAAAAUAUUACACAGUGACUCACAAACUGUAUCCUGCUACAUGUAUUAUGAUACAUGUUGAUGUGCAAUAAUCCUUAAGUUUUGUGGCCAUGAACAUUAUAUGUAAAACUCGUAUAACCAUAUGCUUACAACCAGUAUGUCAGAAGAUAUACUUCUGCAUUGAUUUUGCAUAUCAAACUUGCCAUGUCCAACAGUAGCCUGGAAAGUUCAAAUGAAAACUACCUUAAAUACACUUUAAAAUCAUUUUGAUACAGAAAAACUUCACAUGAAGAUUAGCUAUAUUUAGAUUUUGUUUUGUUGUUCAAAUGGAAAAACUUGUAGGUUCUAAUACUAUUUUCAGUGAUAGAUGUCUUUUCUCUGAUCAGGAGAAAGAAAAACAAAUUUGGCAUUUUUUUUGCUUAUAAUUGUUGUAAUGAAGGGAAUGUGUACAUACCCCAAAAAUUUCAAAUAACAAGACACAGCUUAUUUCCAGUAAUACAAAAUAAAUGCAGGUUUAUUAAUGUAAGAAAUGAUAGUCUUGAUUUUAGGAUAGGCUUGUUUUUGAGGUUUUCUUGUUUUAAUGACUUAAGAGUAUUUUAAAGAUGACUAUAAUACUGCAAAUAUAUCUUUUCAUUAGCACUUUAAAUGUAACACUUCAAUCAUAAAUGAGGACAGACCUGCAAAUAUUACUACAAGCCUCAAAAGGCAAAGUUGAAGCAGGUCAGAAAACAUAUUACCUGGGUAGAUCAGUAGGUCCACCCUUAUUUCAUAAACGAACAUCUCUGGUCCAACUGGUCGAAUUGAUGAAACAUAAAUGCCCCUUGUAUGUGUUGUUCCUAGCCAUAUUAUAUAUAAAUCAACAAUUGAGAAGGAA